CACAGCUUGCCUUCUCCCCACUACGAUUAGGCAAAGAUGCUUUGUCACCGUUGACGCGCAACAGACGCGAGUAGAAUCGCAAAGAAAUCAGCAUGAACUUACAACUCAUUCAGCAACGUCGAUUUCAAAAGCUUUUGUUUCCUCGUCCUACUAGUCGCCGACCAGCGCGCCAUCGAGAAAUACAUGAAAAUUGUUCCUCCAAGUCCUUUCGCCUAGGCACAAGAAUCCAAUAAUGACAGACUCGACCCCACCUCAACUCAAAUGGUCCGGUAUAUUCGCGAUUGACAGAACGGCCCCUACGCCAACCGGGGACAAGAUCAUACUACCUUCCUCGGCCCUGCAACAGCUUUUAGACGCCAAUGCCGCCGCUGCAUCGGCUUCUGCCGCAUCGGCUUACUCGUAUUCCACGCCGGUAGUCACGAGAUACACCAGCCCAUACAACAGCUUUGGAUCUGCUCCUCAGCCAGAGCAGCAAAAGCUUCCAUACCCGCUGAUGUUUCGUUUAGUGAACGAAAGGAAUGGAAAAUUUGUUCACGCUGGCGUCAGAGAGUUUUCUGCCGAGGAGGGACAGGUCACGCUGAGCCCUUUUCUUUUGCGGUCACUAGGGCUGGCGGAGCAAGAAAACACCAGCACAGUAGACGAUGGUGAGGCUGAGAGUGGGAGCAAAAGGGUGGAUAAUGUCAGGAUAUCAGCACACCAACUCCCCAAGGGAGUUUAUGUCGGCCUAGCACCGGUUCACGACUACGCGAGCUACGACCCGGCGAUUCUCGAACCCUUACUGGAGAGGGAGCUUCGGCAAGGUUACACAACGUUAUCUACGGGCACAAUAUUACAAGUCAAGAGGGGCCCAACAGAAGACUACGAGUUUACAGUGGAGAGCGUGAAGCCUGAAGGUGAUGGCAUCUGUGUGAUUGACACGGAUCUGGAACUGGACCUGUUGAGGAUACCCACGGCGACUGCACAAGAGGCCGGCAACGGCAUGAAUGGCUCGAGGGAGACGGAAAGUACAGAAAAGAGCCCACCAGGAGGCGAUAUUACCAUAUGGAAGUCAGUAGAAGGACAGGUGCGGCACGGCGAUCAUGUUGACUACGAUUUAUCCUCAUGGGACAAAUCGCGUGGUCUUGUCAUCGAAGCUGUACCACAGUCGGACGAAGCUGGGAUUUUUCUUGAUAUUUUCGUUAGCCCCAAGACUCCCCAUCUUCGCCAGCGACCAAGGGAAUUACAACAUUGGACCGCUCGCAUGGGGCCAUAUACUAAUCGCGAGCCUGUGAGGUUGGAAAUACCAGCGGGCUCUUUCGGAAAUGAUGAGGUAGAUGAAGUGGAGGGUUUGAUGAUAUCGAUUUAUGGCUUCAGAAAUGAGGCUGCUCCUGCCGCUGGACCGCAGAAGUUCUCCCUUCGCGUUGACACCUGGGACGCAACAGACACCAACCGUGCGCCAACGUCGGCCGCUGAUGUGGUUCCUGAGGAUGUUGCCGACUUGCAAAAGUGCAAAGACUGCGGACAGUGGAUUCCGAAACAGAGUUUUACCAUGCACACACUCCGGUGUGCCCGCAAUCCGAAAUGCGCACAAUGCGGGUUUGUCGCCAGCCGUGACGAACUUGGCGAGCACUGGCACUGUGACCACUGCUCGUCAUACGGUGAUAGACUUUUCGCACAGCAAAAGCACAACGGCCGUAUGCACCCGUCCAACACACUCCGCUGCUCGUGUUCGGCCACUCUCGAGUUCGACUCGGUGCCCGCCUUGUCCCGUCAUCGAGUGACAGAUUGUCCAGAUAAGGUUAUCCUCUGCCGAUUCUGUCAUCUGGAGGUGCCGCAAGAGGGUGACCCAACCGACCCCUCCGACGUUGCACAGGCUGCUUACACAGGACUCACGGCACAUGAGCGUGCCGAUGGAGCGCGUACCGCAGACUGCGACCUGUGCGGCGCCAUUGUCAGGUUGCGCGACAUGUCUAGCCAUCUGCGGCACCACGAGAUGGAUAAAAAGGGCCGCGCCGCGCCGUCUGGUUGUCGAAAUUCCAUGUGCGGUCGGACGCUCCACGGUGUGGGGCCCAGGGGAACGGUGGGCCCUCCGGCAGGCAACCCGAAUAACGACAUGGGCUUUUGCAAAAGCUGCUAUGGGCCGCUGUACGUGUCCAUGCACGACCCCGAGGGCAAGGCGCUGCGUCGACGCGUGGAGCGGCGGUACCUGACGCAGCUGAUGACGGGUUGUGGGCGGUCCUGGUGCAGUAAUGAGUGGUGCCGAACGGGACGGGCGAACACGGGGAAAGAGGCACUGGGGACAUCUGCCUCUGCUGCGCUGCCGCUGGUCAAGCCACUGGUCACUCCCGAGGUCAUUGCGGACAAGAACGCCGCGAUGCACUUUUGCGUUGACGAGGCCACGCAGAGGAACGUUGUGGUUGCGGAGAUGCUUGCUGCCGAGGGGGUGUGGGGGCCCGAGUGGUGCGUUGCCGCGGUAGAGGCGGAGAAGGGCGAUCGGGACAGGGCGCGGGAGUGGCUGCAGAACUGGGCGCCGAAUAAAUAUGAGUGAUUUUUUGAGCUGGGUGCUGACCGGAGUUUGAAGAUAGAUGGGGGGCCAUUACAAAUGUAUGCAUACUAGAUUAGUGAUGAUUUUUCGCAUAGACGGGUGGCAUGAUGACAUGACAAUUUAUAUAUAUGAUAUUCCUUUCACGAAACAUCUUGUAAUUAAUGCCAAACGAGUGUGG